AGUCUUGCACAGGUGUACCGGCUCCUCCCCUUCAGUCUUGCACAGGUGUACCGGCUCCUCCCCUUCAGUCUUGCACAGGUGUACCGGCUCCCUCCCCCUUCAGUCUUGCACAGGUGUACCGGCUCCUCCCCUUCAGUCUUGCACAGGUGUACCGGCUCCUCCCCUUCAGUCUUGCACAGGUGUACCGGCUCCUCCCCUUCAGUCUUGCACAGGUGUACCGGCUCCUCCCCUUCAGUCUUGCACAGGUGUACCGGCUCCUCCCCUUCAGUCUUGCACAGGUGUACCGGCUCCUCCCCUUCAGUCUUGCACAGGUGUACCGGCUCCUCCCCUUCAGUCUUGCACAGGUGUACCGGCUCCUCCCCUUCAGUCUUGCACAGGUGUACCGGCUCCUCCCCUUCAGUCUUGCACAGGUGUAUGGGCUCCUCCCCUGGACUGGAAUGGUUUCCUCUGAUGUCACUGCACACUGGGAGCUCCUCACAAUGUGCAUUAGAAGCUGCAGCCAGACAGAUAGAACUCUGCCUCAUCUCCUGGCUGGAAGGGCUUGAACAUCGGUUACGUUCUAUUGCGGUCUGUGUCCCCACUUGAAAGAUUCAUCCUCUCUCGUUUUCCUUGCGAUUAUUGUUGGCGAGGGGGUAGCCCACAUUUUACAGCCAUCAUCAGAACAAUCAUG